CUCUCAUUCUUCUAUCUUCGCACACACUUUCCUUAUGGGUCGUUUCUGGACUUUGCUCUCAAACCUUCAUUCAUUAGCGGGGCCUGUGGUGAUGUUGCCGUAUCCAUUAUAUGCAUCGAUUAUAGCAAUAGAGAGUCCAGACAAGGAAGAUGAUGAACAGUGGCUUGCUUAUUGGAUCCUAUAUUCAUUGCUCACUUUAACAGAGAUGUUGUUUCAAUCAGUCUUGGAAUGGAUACCUAUUUGGUACCCAGUGAAGCUAUUGUUCUUGGCAUGGCUGGUUUUACCACAGUUUAGGGGGGCCGCUUUCAUAUACGAAAGAUUUGUGAGGGAACAAAUGAUUAAGUAUGGGUUUUUGAGAGGCCAUCAUCACACUUCUCCUGAUGGAAAGGGCAAGAAGAAAUUUGUGCAGUUCAUCGUCCCCAAGAAAGGGGAGCAUGAGGCUUACUGAGAGAAAAAUGGUACUUGGUU